AUGUCCGAUGGCCAACAAGUGCCGAAUCAAAACCAGGGCGGAGCUCCGUCGCAUUUAAUAGCUGCACUAAGUUCACGGGGCGGGGGUGGUCCCCCACAGCAACAGCAGAUUCAGCAAGGAGGCGGGGGUCCGAUUCGUGUGCAGUUACAACAAGGACGUGGGCCUCCGAUAGUGCCAUAUCCACAGGGCGGUCAGCCAGCUCCACAGCAACUCCGGACGGUCCAGCAAGUAUAUCAACAGCCAUCGAACGGUCCUCCUCAACAACGAAUCGUCCAUCAAAUUGCACAACGCCCAAUGCCGCAACCAAUGAUGCGAGUCAGCAGUACACCACAGCCGGCGAUGCAGAUCGUUCAUACUGGCCCUCCACCACAACCGCAACAGAUUCAUGUAUCUUCUUCGCCGAUUAUGGGACCUCGACCACCACCACCACAACCCACCCGCUCUCAGAUUGCACCAUUGCCUGGUGGUCAGCCGCCACCUCCUGGAGCCAACGUUCAGCAAAUGUUAGCUCCGCCCAGUUCAACAGGUUCUGUGAUGGAUCGAGCGCGCAUCGACGAGCUGACAAGGCAAAUUAGCAGCCAUACGGUAAUGGACGAUGUUGUUAAGGUAGGUUUACUGUUUUAUGACAGUUGA